AUGUCGGACGGGUCGAUAUUGAAGGCGGACAAGGACUACACGUCCGAGGUCGAUGCUGCCCUGCCAGAGGCGGAGAAGACUGCGAAGUCCGGCGAUGCACAAGGCGCGAUCGACAAGCUACUCGCUCUCGAGAAGAAGACCCGUCAAGCCUCCGACCUCCCCUCCACAUCACGAUUACUAGUCUCCGUUGUGACAAUAGCAAAGGAAGCAGGCGAUUGGAAUUUGCUGAACGAGCAGGUGCAGCUGUUGAGCAAGAAGCAUGGCCAGCUCAAGCAAGCCAUCACCAAGAUGGUGCAGGUGGUCAUGGGUUUCCUGGAUCAGACGCCUAGCAUGGAGGUGAAGCUGAGCGUGAUUGAGACACUAAGGACGGUGACAGAAGGCAAGAUCUUCGUUGAAGUAGAGCGCGCACGUGUUACACGGAUACUGUCCAACAUCAAGCGCGAGCAGGGAGAUAUUUCGUCCGCGACAGACAUCCUCUGCGAGCUACAGGUGGAAACUUUCGGUUCGAUGAGCAGAAGAGAAAAGACAGAAUUCAUCCUCGAGCAAGUGUCUCUUUGCAUUGAGAACGACGACUGGACACAAGCUGGCAUUCUCAGCCGGAAGAUAAGCACACGGUACUUCGCACGCAAGCCUAAGAAGUCACAGGAAGAGAUCGAGAAGGCACGGAAAGAGAAAGAGCAGCGCGCGCGAUUGGCAGCAGACGGCACUGUAGGCGAGCUAGACGAACCUGAAGACGACGAUGUCACAGAUCUCAAGCUCCGCUACUACGAACAGCAAAUCACGCUCGCCAAGCACGACGACAAAUACCUCGAAGCGUGCAAGCACUACCGCCAAGUCUUGGACACCGAAGCCGUCGAAGACAAUCCCGAUCAGCUGAAAGCCGCCCUCGCUCGCGUCGUCUACUUCAUCCUCCUCGCGCCGUACGACAACGAGCAGAACGACCUCCUUCACCGCGUCGCGCAAGAUACCCGUAUUGCCGAAUCCUGCCCUACCGAGGCCCAGCUCCUCAAGCUCUUCACCGUCCCCGAGCUCAUGCGCUGGCCCAACAUCGAAGCUAACUUCGGCUCUCACCUCACCUCAACCGACAUCUUCACCGCCCACGAAGACCGCAAGGACCCGAAAGCACACAAGCGCUACCUGGAUCUCCGCAAGCGCGUUAUUGAGCACAACGUUCGUGUGAUAGCGAAGUACUACACUCGUGUCACGUUCCCGCGGCUGACGACGCUGCUGGAUCUCCCGCCGCAGGAAACGGAGUCUGUGAUCAGCGAGCUGGUCACGAGCAAGACGAUCUAUGCGCGGAUCGAUCGUCCGGCGCAGGUCGUGAGCUUCGAGCGCAAGAGGGAGGCGGAUGAAGUGUUGAAUGAGUGGAGUGGAAACAUGAAGGGGCUGUUGGGGCUGUUGGAGCGGAUUGAUCAUUUGAUCACGAAGGAGGAGAUGAUGGCGAGGAUUCAGCCGGUGGAGGGGAAGGCGGCGCUGAAGGCUGGGGCGUCGUGA